AUGGGGGUUAUUUCGGGCGAGACGUGGAACCCCUUAAAGCUGCACUUCCAGAUGCGUAACGUGCGCGAGCGCCUGGCGAAGAGUCUGGUGGAGAAGGGUGUCCUGACCACAGAGAAGCAGAGCUUCCUGCUGUUCGACAUGACCGCGCACCCGCUGACGGACAGCAGCGAGAAGCAGCGGCUGGUGCAGCGUCUGCAGGACAGUCUGCUGGAGCGCUGGAGCAACGACUGGCGCCGCAUGAGCCGCCGCAUGCUAGCGCUGAUCCUGCUAGCGCACGCCGCAGACGUGCUGGAGAACACACUGAGCUCGCUGAGCGACGAGCGCUACGACACGGCCUGCUCGCGCUCACGCAGCCUGCUGGAUGCCGACCCCGAGCUGGAGAGUGCAAAGGUCACGACCCCCGCCGAGGAGGUGAUCUGGGCCGUGCUGGCGGCCUUCAACAGAUCCUGAGAGAACGCUCUUCAUAGACAGCAUCCUAACUGACGUGACGCCUCCUAAGUGUGCUCUACAAAGACAGCAGCGUGAAGCGCAGGCUUGUGUUCGACGCCACACGAUGCCAGGGUUAUUAUCGGUAGCUAAAGCAUAAAACAAACAUGUUUU